AUGCCAGAACACACUCCAGCCCCUACGCCCAGUAGGGCCGUUUACGGCUUUGUGAUGUACCUUAGCUUCAGACUAUUCUUCAUCCUAUACCUUUUAUGGGCCUUCAUACCUGAAGAAUACUUUGUGGCCAUGGGCAUAACAUUCUUGCCUCAACGUUACUGGGCAGUAUCUGUUCCAGUGUACUUGCUGACUGUUUUGACAAUUUUUGCAUUUUUUAUAUAUCCUGGAUUUGGGAUUUCAAUGACGCCGGAAAUAAAUGAUAUGAGAACUAUAAGGGACCAAGCAGGGAAUAAAAGAAAACUGAAUGGGAAGAAUUUGAAAAGACUUGGGAGUAUAGUAGGGGAGUGUACAUGUAAGGAUAAAGAAAAGUGUUUCAAAGAGUACUACGAGAGUAUUCAGGAUAGUAUGGCAGGUAAAGCUAUCGCACCAUUGAAGGAUCUUGAUGUUUGGGAAGUUUCAGAUGAAUUGUAUUUGAAAUAA